AUGACUUCUGCAAGAAAGAACUACUCUCUGGUAGUUCUGGCUUUCAUCUUAUUUCAGCAUCAUCUGUAUAGAUUAGUCAAGGCCACAAGUCAAGAUUGUAAAGUGCACAUUGUAUAUUUGGGAGAAAAGACACAUGACGAUCCAGCAUCCACAAAAAAGUUUCACCAUAAAAUGCUCACAGACUUGUUAGGAAGCAAAGAAGCUGCAUACAGUUCCAUUCUCUACAGCUAUAAGCAUGGAUUUUCUGGAUUUGCUGCAAGAUUAACAGAAUCUCAAGCAGAAAAAAUUGCAGAGUUUCCAGGAGUUGUCCAAGUGAUCCCCAAUCGCAUUCACAAGCUCCAUACAACCAGAAGUUGGGAUUUCAUUGGAAUACAUCAUCAUUCUCCAGAAAAUCAUUUAACAAGAAACAUGGGAAAAGGAACCAUAAUUGGUGUCAUUGAUUCAGGUGUUUGGCCAGAGUCUGAAAGUUUCAAUGACGAAGGCAUGGAUCCUAUCCCAUCACAGUGGAAAGGAAUUUGCCAGCAGGGUGAGUUCUUUAACUCCACACAUUGCAACAAGAAACUUAUUGGUGCUCGCUGGUUCUUAAGAGGAGCGCUUGAUGAAUUCAGAACACCAUUUAACAAAACUGACGGAGUAGACUUUCUGUCACCGAGGGAUGGAAUAGGCCAUGGCACUCAUACAGCCUCUACAGCGGCCGGCUAUUUCGUCAAAAGAGCCAAUUAUAGAGGACUAGCUUCAGGAUUAGCCAGAGGAGGAGCACCUCUAGCUCACUUGGCAAUUUACAAGGUUUGCUGGGCCAAUAGAGGAUGCACUGAUGCUGAUCUUCUUAAAGCAUUUGACAAGGCCAUUCAUGAUGGAGUUGACAUUCUAUCUGUUUCUUUAGGGAAUGAGGUUCCGUUGUUCUCUUAUGUCGAUCUACGUGAUACAAUUGCAAUUGGUUCCUUUCAUGCAACCAUGAAGGGGAUUACAGUUGUUUGCUCAGCUGGAAAUGAUGGUCCUACCUCGCAGACUAUUGUAAACACUGCACCAUGGCUCAUUACUGUUGCAGCAACCAAAAUAGACAGGGCAUUUCCAGCUGCCAUUACACUUGGAAAUAACCAGACUUUUUGGGUAAAUGAGAUGAUCCUUGGAACUAAAGCUGAAAAAAUGAAGCAGCAACUUACCAAAUUUUGGAAAUGUCAUCUAUUUCAGGGCCAAUCUAUUGACAUUGGAAAGCAUAACCAUGGAUUUUCAGGCCUCACAUACUCCGAACGCAUAGCGCUAAACUUCACAGAAGAAUCAGCCAAGGAUUGUCAGCCUGGAAGUCUCAAUGCAACAUUAGCCUCAGGGAAAAUAGUACUAUGUUUCUCCAUGUCAAAUGAACAAGACAUUGCUUCUGCAUCAGCUAUAGUGAAAAAAGCUGGUGGAAUUGGACUAAUAUAUGCAGAGUUUCCCAAUGAUGGGCUCGUGUCAUGCGAAAUUCCAUGCAUUAUCGUAGAUUAUGAAGUAGGAACACAAAUACUUCUCUACAUCAGAAAAGCAAGGUACCCAAUUGCCAAGCGCAGUGAUCCAACCACUGUUGUUGGAAAAUGGGUCUCUCCACAAGUUGCUACUUUCUCAUCUAGAGGACCUAGUUCCAUAACACCAACAGUUUUAAAGCCUGACAUAGCUGCACCAGGAGUGGACAUCAUAGCUGCAUUUCGACCGCAUGAGAAAAAACAAAGCAGCGGUUAUGUUUUGCUAUCAGGAACUUCAAUGGCAUGUCCUCAUGUGACGGGAAUUGUAGCUCUCAUCAAAUCUGUACAUAAAUAUUGGUCUCCUGCGGCAAUAAAAUCAGCUUUAGUCACUACUGCAUCCCAGACUGGAACAGAUGGGACAAGCAUUUCUGCCCAAGGCCUAACUCGGAAGGAAGCUGACCCGUUUGACAUGGGUGGAGGGCAUGUGGAUCCCAACAAGGCAAUGGAUCCCGGGUUAAUAUACAAUGCUACUACAAACGACUACAUUCAGUUUCUUUGCUCCCUGGGUUACAGUAGUGCAUCACUUACUAGAUUAACCAAGACUACCAUCAACUGCAUAAGAAAAGCUGAUGCAAUGAACCUCAACCUCCCUUCUAUCGCAAUUCCAAACCUCAAAAGAACCUCAACGGUGACAAGAACAGUGACAAAUGUGGGAAAGAUUAAUUCAAAGUACAAGGCCAUGGUGCAGGCUCCUCCUGGCGUAAAAAUGACAGUAAAGCCUCAAACUUUAAGUUUCAAUAAAACCACCCGAAUCCUUUCCUACAAAGUUACCUUCUUCUCAACUCAGAACCUGAAUGGAGGUUACAAGUUUGGGAGCCUAACAUGGACAGACGGUGAGCAUCUUGUCAGGAGUCCUAUAGUUAUUCGUAUGACCGAAUUUGAAUCACAUGCUCAUGUAUGAAAUUACCUCUAGAAAAAUAUGGCCAAGUAUCUAUCUGUGAGAUGAAAAAAAAAUUCUCCCAUGUGUUUAAACCAUAGAAAUCAUGCAUGAACUUCAAAACUAUCUGAGUAGAUCAAGCAAUUCAGUAAUUGAAGAGCAUUACGAGCAUU